GACCACCGUGUCGAGCCCACGAUCUAUGGCAGUCCCAUCGACUCGAUCCUGUCCGACUUCGACACCCAGUUUUUCGUCAAGACCCUCCUCAAGGGCGUCCUAUGCAUGCCCGCAGCGCCCAACGUCACCACGCUCGCCAGGGGCGAGGUCCUCUCGCCACUCCCCGGCGAGCUCCGCCUCAACUCGGACCUCGAGCUCGCCCGCGAUCCGCGCACCGCGUGCGAGUGGCACUCAUUCGCCACGAACCAGAAGCUGAUGGUCACUCGCUUCUCGGCGGCCACGAUGAACAAGAUGACCACGCUUGGCAGCCACGUCCCCGAGUCGCUCGUCGACUGCUCCGAGGUCAUCUCCGUGCCCAAGCCUCCCUCGGGGUCUCAGAAGGCGCGCCUCCCGGCGGGCAAGACGCAGAAGGACAUCGAGGCAUUAUGCGCCCCCGGACCCGCCCUCCCCUCU